AGCGGACCGAGCCGCGGCCGCAGCCGGUGGCGGGCGCACAAGAGGAGGCUGCGGGGCGGGCCGCGGGCGUUCAGUCAGGCGGCGGCGGUGGCAAUGCGGCGGCUUCGCUGAGCCCACCAGAUCCGGGCGCCGGGGACCGGCCGCGCGAGGCGGCCCGGGCCGGGCGGCGGCAUGCGUAGCGGCGAGGAGCUGGACGGCUUCGAGGGCGAGGCCUCGAGCACCUCCAUGAUCUCAGGCGCUAGCAGCCCGUACCAGCCCACCACCGAGCCCGUGAACCAGCGCCGCGGGCUGGCCGGCCUGCGCUGCGACCCCGACUACCUGCGCGGCGCGCUUGGCUGCCUCAAGGUCGCCCAAGUGAUUUUGGCCCUGAUUGCGUUCAUCUGCAUAGAGACCAUCAUGGAGUGCUCCCCAUGUGAAGGCCUCUACUUUUUUGAGUUUGUGAGCUGCAGUGCAUUUGUGGUGACUGGAGUCUUGCUGAUUCUGUUCAGUCUCAACCUUCACAUGAGGAUCCCCCAGAUCAACUGGAACCUGACAGAUUUGGUCAACACUGGACUCAGCACUUUCUUUUUCUUUAUUGCUUCGAUUGUACUGGCUGCUUUAAACCACAAAACCGGAGCAGAAAUUGCUGCCGUGAUAUUUGGCUUCUUGGCAACUGCAGUGUAUGCGGUGAACACAUUCCUGGCAGUGCAGAAAUGGAGAGUCAGCAUCCACCAGCAGAGCGCCAAUGACUACAUCCGAGCCCGCACAGAGUCCAGAGACGUGGAUGGUCGACCCGAGAUCCAGCGCCUGGACACAUGAGGACCUGCCAGAGUCCUCCUCCCUCUCAUCCUUGUGCCUAGCCUUCCAAUCAUGUUUUCUUUCCCUCAUCAAGUCAGAUUCUCAUGUGAUUAAGCUGAAUUUUGUCCUCUUUGGUGAAAGUUCGUUUUGGGAAAGAUUUAUUUUUAUUUUUAUUUUUAUUUUUAUUUAAGAGUGGUCCUAUUAGCAGGUAUGUGAGGUGGAGAGCCCCUGUACCCAGCUAUUCAAACAGAAGUGAGUGGGAGAGACCUAUGGACUCUCUAGUGUUGGGUGGCCGUGAGAGAAGCCAACCUCCCUGGCUGUCAUGUCCACUUCAGGUCUUCACUGUCCCUCCCUGAGCACAGGCUUCCCAUCUGACUCUGAGCCACCCUGUCAUGUAUUUGUGAAAAGUCAAGACUUUGGAUUAAAUGGGGGCUGGUAGGUGGGCAGAAAUCAAGGAAUGAAGGUACAAGGUUAAAACAGUCCAUCAGUAGUGAUUCCUGGGCAGCUGCCAUUGUGAGCGCCAUCAGUGAUAGUCUCACUGCCAGGAUCCUCCCCUAGUGCUUGUUUUCCAUGCCCGGGGCUUUGAGACAGCCAGCAUAGGCCAUGUGUGGUACUGAGGCUCUUGGUGAUGGUUGUAUUGGUAGAGUACUUGUCUGGGUCUGGACUUUAUGGGUAUGGGCAAAGCUGGUGUCCUAUUGGGACAGCUCCACAGGACUGCAGACAUGUGGGAGGGUCACCUUUCAUAUCCCACCUGCUGAGAAAUCACUUGAUUCUUUCUCAAAUGAAUCACCUCCCUGAAUCCCAGAUUCUCCUCCAGGAAUAUGGGGACCACCUUGUUUUUUGCUUUCCUAACUACCUUUAAUACUUUGAGGCUAAAUUUCAGAUUUUCUAUAAUUUUACCUUCUCAGGUAAAAGGCAGGAAAGAAAUUCAAUCCAUUUCACCAGCCAGAACACUUGCCCAUUUGGACUACAGGUGGGGACGCACCUUUGUUUUAGAGAUACGUGCCAAUUUUAAAUUACCUGAGAAGAGUUCUAAAGUGAUUCUGAGUAGACUUGUUUAGGAUUUGAAAAUACUUGAAUUUGCACCACGACAUCUUUUCACUGAAUUUCAGAAGGCAUGAAUUGUAGCUUUUUGUGCCUCAGGGUUAUAACUAUGAACACCGAUCUUAGAAGUUUUUGGAAAGAAUUCUGGGUAUGUCAGGUUUUGAAUUAAUUUUUGAUAAAGUGAAGAUUAUUGUGGUGAAGGAGUUAAAUGA